GUUCAUUCCAGCUCCAGGCAUAAAACUAAGGAAAACACCAGGGGAUGGCUGUGGAAGAACUUCAGUCCAUAAUAAAGAAAUGUCAAAUCCUAGAAGAGCAAGACUUCAAAGAAGAAGAUUUUGGCCUCUUUCAAUUAGCAGGCCAAAAAUGCAUAGAUGAAGGGUAUAUAGACCAUCUAAUAGAAAUCAUUCAAGAUGAAAAAAAUAAGGUAAUCAUCAAGAAUAUGGGCUGGAAUCUUGUUGGUCCUAUUGUUCGAUGCCUUUUAUGGAAUGAUAAGGAGAAUGAUAAAAACAAAUAUUCUCUAAUGCUUGAUUUACUGGUAAAGUUAUGUAAUCCAAAGGAAUUAUUGUUGGGUUUGCUUGAACUGAUUGAAGAGCCUUCUGGAAAACAGAUAUCCGAGAUUAUUCUUCUUUUGCUUCAGCCAUUACAAACAGUAAUUCAGAAACUUCGUAACAAGUCAUAUUCAGUUGGAUUAACAUUAUCCACUAUCUGGAGUCAGCUGUCUCUGCUUCCGGUUCCAUACACUAAAGAACAAAUGCAAACAGAUGACUAUGGACUUUGUCAGUGUUGUCUGGCUUUAAUAGAGUUCACUAAACCUUUUGUGGAAGAAGUCAUCAAUGAUAAAGAAAACUCACUAGAAAAUGAAAAGUUAAAAGAGGAAUUACUGAAAUUUUGUUUCAAAAGCUUGAAAUGCCCUUUGCUGACAGCACAAUUCCUUGAGCAGUCUGAAGAAGCUGGAAAUAAUCCUUUAAGAUGUUUUGCCUCUGCAAUAAUAGGCUUUUUAUCUGCAAUUGGAUACCCUUUCCACAAAAUGAUUUUUAAUCAUGGAAAGAAAAAGAAGACUUGGAAUUAUCUUGAAUUUGAGGAAGAAGAAGACAGACAAUUAGAAGACUCCAUGGCUUCUCUGGCAUAUCUAGUAUUUGUACAGAACAUCAGUAUUGAUCAAUUUCCAAUGGUUUUCAGCCCAUUGUACCUAUUGCAGUUUAAUAUGGAGCACAUUGAAGUCUUUCUGCAAAGAACAGAAGAAUCUGUUUUCUCAAAAGGCUUGGAUCUGUUAGAGAAUGGUUUAUUGAGACUAGAAGACAAUAGUCUACUGCACCAGUACUUAGAAAUCAAGAGUUUUCUUACAGUACCUCUGGGUUUAGUCAAAGUAAUGACACUUUGUCCCAUUGAGACAUUGAGGAGAAAAGGAUUAGCUAUGCUGCAAUUGUAUAUAAACAAGUUGGAUUCACAGGGAAAAUACACAUUAUUUAGGUGCUUAUUAAAUACAAGUAAUCACUCAGGUGUGGAGGCCUUUAUAAUUCAAAAUAUCAAAAAUCAAAUUGAUUUGUCUUUAAAGAAAGCAUCUAACAAUAAGUGGUUUACAGGACCACAACUGAUUUCCCUUCUGGAUUUGGUACUAUUUCUUCCAGAGGGCGCUGAAACAGAUCUUCUGCAAAACUCAGAUAGGAUAAUGGCUUCACUAAAUUUAUUGAGGUAUUUGGUUAUCAAAGAUAAUGAAGAUAAUCCAACUGGAUUAUGGACAGAACUUGGAAAGAUUGAAAAUAACUUCUUAAAGCCACUCCAUACAGGACUAAAUAUGUCAAAAGCACAUUAUGAAGCAGAAAUUAAAAACAGCCAAGAAAAUAAUGAAGUCCAGAAGUCUAAAACUCUUUGCUCUGUAACUGUGGGUGGGGAAGAGAUCCCUAAUAUGCCUCCUGAAAUGCAGCUUAAGGUUCUGCAUUCAGCUCUACAUACAUUUGAUUUGAUUGAAAGUGUUCUGGCUCGAGUAGAAGAACUCAUCGAAAUAAAAACAAAGUCCAUCUCUGAAGAAAAUAUUGGGAUAAAAUGAAAGUUCUACUCUCCAUAAAUAAAAACCUUGAUACCUUU